UCUUCCUUACUGUGUGGGAAUGACUGGCACUUACCCCACAACCAUGCGAUUCUGAAGCAAGUGGAAUAAUGGAGAACUAAAUCUGGCGGAAACGAAGAAGCGGAAAAGGAAGAUAAACCACGGAAAGUAUUUGAGAAAGAGAAAAAAAUAAUAAAAUUUGAACUCUAGAACUCUGAAUUUUUCAAAACCUGAACAUUGCAACCAGUUUUACUUGCAAGAAUAUACUCGUCAGUUUCCCAAUCAACGCAAAGCGUGAGAAAAAAUGCUCAGAAGGAAAGGACUCUCAAAACAUAACACAUCAAUAGAGCGGAGGACACUCUUGGACAACAAAUGGACAUUCAGCUUCCUGCUCUUCACCGCUCUGCAUCCCAUUGCUGGUGUAAAGGGCUACAGCAGGGAUCCGGGCCCCUUCUCUAUUAGCGCCGAUGCCUCCCUGAUGUCGUGUGGGCCUGAGAAACAAGCAGAUGUCCUGUCUAAAUGCGCCAACAACUUGUGUGACGUAACACAAGUAGUUACGAUAUUUCCCAACGGUGAAGAACUUUGUGGCUAUUGCAUCUUCAACAUACUUCCUGAGCCUGAAUACCAAGAGGAUGAAAGCUUCGUAGCCUUGAAACGCGCGAAGAAGAAUCUACCUGCUUGUACCACCUGCAAAACUGAGAAGUAUCUGCUCGAUUUUGCUGGGAGAAUUGUUCGAGGGCCUGAGACUUGUACUGAAACCAUCAAAACAUCAGCACCUUCCGCAGUCGAGUUUCAAGCAAGUUUCGAAGCUGCUCAGGGCAUAGCCAUGUCAUGGGAGACUCCGCACUCUGCCUGCCCUAUUAGUCACUACCAAAUUUCUUGCUCAGUUCUUGAUCUCAACGACCCUCAGCAGCCCAAGACGGUUCAAUCCAUUAACUUGGAGAGCAACUAUUCAAACUUCAUCCAAGACGAUGUGAAGCACAACUCGUUGUAUGAGGUGUGCAUGAUUGCAGUCGCAGUCGGCGAAGUCUCAGGCCCGGAAACCUGCAAGUCCAUUGUGAUUCCAAAAUUAGGAGUCGAGCAGCUAGAAGCGAAGAUUGAGGCUGACCAGGGCAUUACAGUGUCAUGGCAUCCUCCAAAAACCCUCAGCGAUCUCAUUCAUUAUGAGAUUUCCUACACGCAAAAGGUUCUUGACAACAGUGACCAGCUAAUGAUAGUAAAAAUAUUCGAAGUGGAGAGCAGUUAUUCAACCCACGUGCUGAGUGAUGUUCAACCCAACUCGUCGUAUGAGAUCUGCGUCUUCGCAAUGGUUGAGAAUUCCUCCGGUGGAAAGAACUGUACAUCCAUAGAGACUCCAAACGAAAUUGCGCCAGACGUCGAGAGCCUCGGCCAUAUAGAGGAGUACGAGCUGACGGAGGCUGAGAUCCAACACAUCAAUGCCCCAGUCGUUGACGGUUCUUCGUCGGAAAUAGAGGCAAUCAUUGACAAUUUCUUGACUGAGAAGGAGAAUCCGAAUCUUCUGAGUGGAUCCAGUUUUGAUCAGCUCAAGAGCAACGGCAAUAGCGUGAAUCUUCUACCUGUUCAGGGCCUGAUGACCGCAGCCAUUGUACUGUUAACAGGGGUACUACUGUGAGUUGCUUUCAGGGGAGCGCAGCUAUGCACCACCAAUUUUGUGCACCAAUAAACCCUGAAUCGAACGCCUUGGAUC